AUGGACAAACUCCCCGAGUGGCAGUCAAAUAUGGAGUUCGACAUCGGCGGACCGCCCCAGCCUCAGAAGUUCUCGUGCAAACGGUGCCAACUCCGCAAGUUAAGGUGUAGCCGCAACGAACCUUGUAGCAACUGCCAGAGAAGCCGCCAGGUGUGCGAAUACCGAAAUCUCACAUCUCGAAAAAGGCCGGCCGCCAAAGAGUACGUAGUUGGCUUGGAGAAGCGUGUCGCCUGGCUUGAGUCACUUAUUGUGAGAUUGAAGGCAGCCAGUGCUGAGGAAAGGGACACGAUGCUUGAGGCGGUCUCUCUCAGUGAUGAUCUGCUUACUGUUGACGACCAAGUUUCUCAAGCGUCGGACAACCGUCGCGCCGUUUCUAGAGGUCUCGGACCGCAACAUUAUCUUCAUGGAUCGUUUCAGAUUCGACCAGGAGGAUACUUGGUAUACCACGGCGCAAGCAGUGUAUUCUAUGCCCUGAAAGAAGCAAAAUCAUUAGCCUCAAAACGUCGUGUCCGCCAAUCCAGCUAUGAAAGCGUUUCCUCCCCUGGCAGUUCAAUAUAUGUGGGCUCUGGAACCGACUUCAACCAUGUGGCCCAACACUUUGGCAUCGACAUGAACGACGACCUAAUCACCAAAAUGCUGAUGCAAUUUUUUAAAUGGCAGUAUCCCUACUUUAUGUUUAUCUAUAGGGAAUCUUUCUUGCGCGACCAUACCGGGGAUCGUGCUGGCUCCCCGUACUGGUCAACAGCGCUGGUGCUUUCUAUGUGUGCCCUGGGCGCUCUAACAUCUGAUGAAGAGUCGGAACGGUUGAUGAGUGGACAGUUCUUCUCCGCAGCAGAAACCAUCGCGAUCGUCUCUGGUUUGGCUCGCCCUUCAAUUACCACUGUUCAAACGUUCCUCUGCCUGGCUUUCUAUGAGAUUGGACGAGGCGAGCCUUCCAAGGCGUGGGGGUUUUCUGGAAUUGCUUUCCGGAUGGCGCAGGAUCUUGGGUUUCAAAAGGACCCUGACCAGUGGGUUUCACACUACGGAGGAGAGGCAGUACCGGAAGACAUUGAGAUUCGUCGCCGGAUAUACUGGGGCUGCUACUGUUCAGACAAGAUCAUUAGUCUUAUACUUGGCCGUCCAGUACAGCUCUACUGUGCUGAUGGCGAGGUCACCGAUCGCCUUGUGGGAUUACCGUAA